AUGUCUCUUGCUGCACAACUUAACGCGGUCCAGUCGGGGUUCGAAGCAAAUGCACCUGCCCAUAUGAAAGCACCCAUCAUCAAGGCCAACCAAGAGUUCCAAAGGACCUACGACCCCUCCAAGGCAAUCCAAGUUGGCGACACCUUACCCUCCUUCAAGCUCUCCAACGCAGUCGGAAAAGAAGUCACACUCGCUGAGCUUCUGUCCAAUGGACCACUCCUCAUAACUUUCUACCGCGGUGAAUGGUGUCCCUUCUGUAACCUGGCUCUCGCCGCCUUGCAAAAGCACAUCGAAGAGUUGCGAGCUAAAGGCGUGACACUCAUCGCCAUCUCUCCCGAACUGCCCAGCCAGUCUCUAUCGACCAGCGAAAAGAACAACCUCAAAUUCCAGGUUCUCUCAGACGUUCAGAACAAGUUGGCAAAACAGCUUGGGAUCUUGUUUGCUCAGCCUGAGUACCUGCGUCCGGUCUUUGAGACAUUUGGACAUGAUUUCAAGGCCCGUAAUGGGGAUGCUUCGCUGGAGGUUCCAUUGCCGGCAAGCUUUUUGGUGGGCAAGGACGGGGUGGUCAGGCAGUCGUUUGUCAAUCCGGAUUGGACCAAGAGACUCGAGCCUUCCGUUGCAUUGGAGUGGGUUGAUGGUUUGUAG